AUGCGUUCCUCUGUGACUUGUGCUGUGUUUCUGUGGCUCUCCUUGGGUCUUCUCCCGUUGUCUUUUGCGGUAUCGGGGGAGUAUUGUCACGGCUGGUCGGAUUCCUUCAACUCAUGGCACCGGGGAUUCCAGUGUCCGGAGCGCUUUGACGGCGAGGACGCGCGCUACUGCUGCGGGAAUUGCGCACUCAGGUACUGCUGUACCUACGCAGAGGCACGUCUUGAUCAGAGCACUUGCGACACGAGCUCCGAGACCGAGAGUACCGACAACGUGAAAAAGAUGCCAGAAAGUGUUCCAACCUAUCUCCCAUUUGUGAUUGUGGUAAGCGCAUUCCUCUCAUUCGUUCUGGUCGGAUCCAUUGUGUCCAUCUGCUGCUGUCAGUGUGUCAAACCCAAAGCGAAUGAUCGGCCGACUGGACCGUCUGCUGCUCAGACCAGCCUGUUAGAGUCUGGAGGACCUUCUGUGGACAGCUCCACCCCAUCCCGCACCUCCACUACAGGCUCCUCCACAACAAACACUCACCCUCCACCAUCUGAGCUCAGUGUGAACCGGUAUGGGCCAGUUGGAAACAGAUUUCCUACCUCACAGUCACAGCAGUAUGCUCCUCCUCUCCAUCAGGGGGCGCCACAGUUUUAUCAGCCCUACAUGAAUUACGCUCUCCCUCCAGAACGCAGCAUGCUCAUGGCCCCUGCAUUCCUGGAUGGUCGUUCUGCAUUCGGGCAGGUGCAUGGACAGCCUUUUCCUCAAGCCCCUAUGCACACGGAACCCAUCUAUCCCACUGUCACCAUUUGA